CGGGAUUUCCUUACCACUCCAUUCCAGUUCCCACCUCCAAAAGCAGCAGACACAAACCCUAGCUUCCCUCCACGCAAACUCCCGCCGCAGGCCGCAGCCUGGGCAAGACACAUCGAGCGUGUGUGCGAGCGAGAGCGAUGGGGCGGUCGUACGCGGUGAAGGGUCGGAAGAAGAAGCGCAAGCUCGGCGACGGCGCGGCCUCCGACGCCGCCCCCACCGCCGAGGAGGCGGAGGAGCUCCCGCUUCCUGAGGAGGCCGAGGAGGAGAAGGGAAAGGAUGAGGCGGCGGAGGGGGAGGAGGAGCAAGCGGUGCCGGAGGGGCUCCCGGUCGUGCCCCGGGCGGUGGACGGGAAGCGGCGACCCGGUGCCAUCUUCGUGCUCGAGAGGGCCUGCCUCGAGGUCGGCAAAGUCGGCAAGACUAUGCAAAUCUUGAACUCAGAUGAUCACGCUAAUUAUUUGAGGAAGCAGAACCGCAAUCCUGCUGAUUAUAGGCCUGAUAUCAUUCAUCAGGCGCUACUGGCAAUAUUUGAUAGUCCUCUAACUAAGUCUGGAAGGUUACAAGCUGUUUAUGUGAAGACCGAAAAGGGAGUAUUGUUUGAAAUCAAACCUCAUGUUCGCAUGCCACGAACAUUUAAACGUUUCUGUGGUCUGAUGUCUCAAUUGUUGCAAAAGCUGAGCAUUACGGCAGUUGGGAAGCGUGAGAAACUUCUUAAUGUUAUUAAAAAUCCUGUUACCCGCUAUCUACCUGUUGGUGCACGGAAGAUUGGUCUUUCAUAUAGCGCGGAGAAGUCAGUCAACUUGUUUGACUAUGUUGCCAAAUCUAGUAUCGAUGAAACCCUUGUGUUUGUGGUUGGUGCCAUGGCCCAUGGAAAGAUCGACAAGGAGUACACAGAUGAUUACAUACAAAUUUGCAAUUACCCUCUCAGUGCCGCCUGCUGUUUAAAUCGGAUAUGCAGUGCCCUGGAGCAGAAGUGGAACAUCCAAUGAAGGGAAAUUUUGAAAGGAACAUUAGAACCUUGUUAUGUACCCAUUAACUAGUAGCGUUGUCUUUUUCUCUAUCUUACAUUUACUGCCUUCUUUUUAUCCAUGCCUUAAGCUCCUGCAGUAAUUGAAUGGCAUUAUGUCGCAUUUUAGACAUCACUUCCAGUGCGUAUGAUUCAUGCCCUUGAGUCAGGCAGGUUGAGCUUU